AUGGACACCAUCGAUGCAAUUGACCCGCACCCGACUGCGCAGGUUCCCCUGCUCUCUGGCACAAGGCUCUCCCUCGUGACCGGGCUCCUGCAGGGCAAAUCUUACUACGAGCUUGGCCUGAUGUUUCAGAGGCUUGCUGAUGACGCGCAGGACCUCCCAGGCUAUCUACAGGGCUACGGUGAUGACUACAUCACGAGGCUCGAGGAGAUGAGUUCCCCGCGGUCGGACAUAUGGAGAAUACUCCACACGAUCCCUAGGCAGGUUCUCGUGUCUCUGGUUCUGGGAACAUUCGCCAGAGACUUCAUGAACAAGUCUGGCAAGCCCGACCACUACCGAGACAUGAGGGGCUUCGGGGUCUAUGCCGUCGCGAUCGCCGUCGCAGGCCGUGACGGCGCGUGGCUCAAACCCACAGAGCUAUCCAAGCUGAUAGACCAUCUCGAAAGGUAUAUCGACACGUCCACAAAGUACUGGGACCGCAAAUGCGCGGCCCCCAGGGACGCGGACGAACGCAGUGCUCGAGACUUUGUGACCAAUGUCGACAACAUGUUUGGGCAGCACGCACCCGAGAAGGGGCCUCGCUUUGUGUUGAGUAGCGAGGCCGACGUGCUAGACAGCUGGCGGGCUCUCGUCAGCAGCCUGAGGCGCAGGAGGGACAAGAGCCUUGCCAUCGACCCGUCCGGCCGCAAGCCUCUGCUGCAGGGCCCGCUGUACACCGGCUGCUCUGUCACGCUGGAGUUGCGGUCCAAGGCCUAUGACCCCCAGUCGGGAAGGACAAGGAAGCUCACAGGCGUCAACCGUGCGUAUGCCAUUAUGAUGUCCUUAAUGAUGUACAUGUCGCUCGACCCGGUCCAUGUCUGCCGGUGUGUCACUCGACUCUGGAACAGAAAGGAUCUGCCCAUCGCCGAGAUCCUGGUGGCGGCCCUUGCGAACUCGUACAUCUCCCAGGACGGCUUCAACCGCAUCGCGUGCGGCGGCGAGUCUGGGAUGCCACGGGCGAAAAGAAUCUCCAGGGCCAACACGGGCACCAGGGCUCGUUCCAAGUCGCCCGGGGGUCCCAAGACGCCCCCUGCCGCCCACGCUGUCGCCGGCGAGGAGCAGGGUGAGGAGGAUGAAUCUCUCUUUGACAGCGAUGCCGAGGAGUACGUCAAGGGCCGGGAGAGCUUCUUCUAUGACAACAUCUUCGCAUCCGUGGAGGAGCUCCGGAAGAGACAUGCCUUUGUCAAAGAGUUUUGCGGCCUGCAGCCGCUCUUUGAUGCGCCGGGGGACAACACUGUUGACAGCCUGCUGCAGCUGGAGAAUGACCUAGAAGAGUUCCAAGAGAUUGUGGACCAGAUUGAGCAUCACAAGAAGCUGUGUCUGGAUAUCAAACGAGCUGCAGAAGAGAGCAUUGAUGCCCUGAGGCAAGAUCUUGAGAUCAUGGAUCUGCUGGGGCAGCUGCGGAAUCUUCUUAACUAG